AUGUCAGAAGUUGGCGAGGGCCACGUUGGGUUUUCUUGUGAGAUUCGCAGCUGGACAGAUGCGGCACCCGUGCAAGCGCAUUUUCCAGACCUUGCGAUUAACGACGACUACUGCGACUGCUUAGACGGCUCGGACGAGAAUCUCACAGCUGCCUGCCCGCACAACAUCUUCUCAUGCCUGAAUUCUGGUGGCAUUCCGCGACUGAUCGACAGCUCCUUUGUCAAUGAUGGGGUUUGUGACUGUUGUGAUGGGUCUGAUGAGACCACGACGAUAUGCAGCAACAGAUGCCAGCAGGAGCUGUCAGACAUGUCUUCUAGAAUUGCCAGUAUGUUGGCCCUCGAACGCCGGGGAACGACUUUGAAGGAAGAGGUCUUGCGAGUGCUUUCGGAGAAGGUUGCGUUGACAAAGCAGAUGCUGAAGAGUGCCCAGGCGGCUGCUGCACCUUUUCUGGAAGCUAGCCAGAAGAUCAAAGACAAGUUAGGUGAAGUUGCGCGCAAGAGUCAGAAAGAGAAGCAAAGCGGGAAGAAGGGAAAGCCGCUGAAUCUUUCUGAGAUCGCUGACGGCCCUGGACGGGCAACAUUGCGAUGUUUCGCCGGAGAGUCCAGCUAUGAAGAUUUCCCUGCGAACGUGUCUUGCAUAGCUGCGGCAGAGUGCCCCUUUGUCUGUGCUUACCUAUGCAGUGACUCCCGCCGAUUCAAUGGUACUUGUGCACUGGACGCGGGUGAUGAGCCGUGGAUGUUCUUUGCAUACAACCCUGAUGCAUUGAAAUAUGAGAAAAUGAUGGCCGCCUAUGGCAAGGCCCAAGCAGGUGCUGUGGAAGCAGCUGCUAUAGAACACGUCAUCCCGAGCGAGAAGUGGACACAGCUUGACUUCAAGUGGCUGGAGCUUCGACAGAGACUGCAACGAAUACAGCGAAAGGCAGCCGAGACCUUGGAGGCUCUUGCGGAAGCCGAAUCGGACGCUCACAUGAUGAACUUGGUUGAGUCCGGCCAACUUGGUCCAUCAGGAGUCUACCACGACCUACAUGAGGUAUGCGUGAACCUGACGCAGACUCAGUAUGUUGGGACCACGGCGCUGCGUGAGCAAUGGCGUACUUUUGUGUAUGGUAUUUGCUUCUACCGGAAUGCCACGCAAGCAGAGCUCAAGUCGGAUGUAGAAACGGCAGCAAUGUGCGAUGAGUCUGGGAAAUGCUCAGAAGCCCAAGCCGCAGCUUCAGAUCCGAUCGUUCUCGGCCGACCCGCAGGCUUCAUGCUUCCUGGUAGUGAUCCAAAACGAUACGGACUACGGGAACUGUUCUUCGAGCCAUCGGAAAACACCCUCAUAUUUGCGGGGGGUGCUUCCUGCGGACACGUGGCGCGAGCUGUCGCUGUUGAAUUUGUUUGCGGGGAGACCUUGGAGCUCCGUCGUGUUGCAGAAGUGAGAACAUGCUGCUACGUUGCGGAAGUGUCUCACCCAGGUGCAUGCAACCUUCUGAGAUGGCCCAGGGGUCUCAGGGACUUGGACACAACCAGUCUGGAAGCCAGCACGGCGGAAGUGUCUGCAUGGCUUCUACGGAACGCGCAGCGUCUGCACCAGGAGGGCGUGGCCGAUUGGACAGUCCGGCUUGGCUCCGCCCGCUCCACUCAGCAGUGGCUUCAACGUGUCGAGCAAGGCAUGGUCCCUCCGCUGGUUACCGUCGAGGCUGCGAGGGAGUCACUUUCAUCCGCCCUAUCCUUGGCGCAGUCAGCUCUGGAGCUUCUGGCGAAUGCAGCGAAAAGCUGUGUCCCGGGCGCGGUUGUCGAGCUGAGAUCUCAAGCAACUGAGAGCUUCAUCGAGCUUGCCGGACAUGUUAAGCUGCCAAGUCCGGUGGCAAAUGCCUCCGAAGCCAUCAUUUCAGCUCUGGGAUCCUUCGAGGUUGAUUGGAGUCAUGCCUGGAGCUACUUCGACGCAGCUCUAGCCGGAACCGGCCACGCUCUGACCUACAGCUUCGUACCUUUGCUUGAAAGGUUUGAAGAACAAAGGCCAGCUGGUCGGCACUAUUCCUUAUCAACUGAAGAAAACGACGUGCUGCUCUUGCUGGGAUACAUUGCGUUGGUGCACAUCGUGAUGAUGUGCGUCUUGCGUGUCGCACUGUCUGCCUGUUGCUGCUUCGGAAGAAGCUGUUGCCGGUGCUGUUGCAGCCCCCGGACAUCAACAACCUCAGUGCUCGACGAAUCCAGGCCGGGCAAACUUGGAGAUGCCGACAGCCCGCAAGGAAGCGAUGCCGCAGACUCUCCGCAGUAA